AUGACUAAAGAGCACAAGAAGAGUUGGACCUGUCAAGCAUGUAGAAAUAAGCGUCCCAAGGGAGAUAAUUCCAACACUCCUGUACGUUCGUUAAAGUCGGAUACUGGUGCUGAGGUGUCGUGUAGCGAUGAGGAUAGCAUUUCUCCUAACUUUGUCACAGCCCGUCGUCCGACUCACACAAAAGUUCUGGAAGUUAAGGUACCUCCCUCAGGACCUCAAUCGAUUGUAAGUCCAACUGAUCAAGUAGGCGGUUCUUUGAAGGAUCAACUUCUCGAUUCCCUUAGGCUUGAAAUACCAUCUUUGCUAUCCCAAGUAUUAAAGAAGGAAUUGGUCACCUUUAAGGAAGAGCUCUUGGAACUUCGUAAAUCUGUUUCUUUUUUGAGCGAUAUGAACGAUGAGAUGCGUGAAAAUAUAAAGUCUUUGUCGAAGGAUAACAAGCAAUUAAAAUCUGAAAAUGAUGCUCUAAAAUCAUCUGUCCAUGAAUUGUCUGACCGACUUAACAAAAUAGAACAAAGUCUUAGGGACAAAAAUUUGGAAAUAAAAGGUGUUCCUGAGCACCCAUCUGAAAAUGUCCUUAACUUAAUACAGCAGUGCGCUUCUAUUGUUGGACACAAAAUUGCUGAUGGUGAUGUCGUGAAGUGUAACCGUGUGGCUAAACAGAACAAAAACACGAAUGUUCCUCGUACAAUUAUUGUGCAAUUUAACAGCGAGAGACGACGAGAUGAAUUUUACUCCGCUGUCUAUAGAUAUAAUAAAGCAAAUCCUGAUAAUAAACUCAAUACUGCCUUAUUUGGUCUGGCCGGUGAAAAGAAGCCCGUUUAUAUAUCAGAGCACUUGUCUCCUCAAAAUCAGGCUCUACACAUUGCAGCAAGAAUGAGAGCUAAGGAGUUAUCGUACAAAUUCGUUUGGGUUCGUAGUGGCCGCAUAUUUGUGAGAAAAGACCCCGGAUCGCAAUAUAUAUUCAUUAAGGACAGUAAAAGUUUAGAUUUAAUGCAUUAG